UUUAUGUUGCGUUUCAAAACUGUUCGCAGUGAUAUGAGACAAUCUUGUCAUUUUAAAUGUGGGUAAUAUUUGAAUCAGUGUUGUAUGAUAAUGGCCGUAAUAAACAUUAUGAUUUGGUCAGGUCGCAUCGAUUUUUAACGUCUGCCAACAGCAGAAUGAUUUUGCUAACUUUGCUCAGCUAUGAUACAUCGCAUCCUCACUGAUCUAUGGAUUAUUUUCUAAUAAAAGCUUUGGUUUAAUUUCUAAUGAACUCGCUGAAUGUCAGAUGAGACUGCGUAUUUUUGUACUAGGAAAAGCAGACCUAAACCCAACAAUGGCCUCCUCUUCAUCAGUUGGAGAUAAACAGCUGCAGAGGAUCAUCAGAGAUCUACAUGAUGCUGUUAUAGAGUUGUGUAAAGAACACAAAGAGUGUGGUGAGCCUAUAACCGAUGAUAGUUCCAAUCUGCACAAGUUCUUCUAUAAGCUGGAAUACCUUUUGCAGUUUGACCAGAAAGAGAGGACAACCUUUCUUGGCCAGAGAAAAGACUACUGGGAUUACUUCUGCGACUGUCUGAUUAAGAUCAAAGGAGCUAACGAUGGCAUCCGUUUUGUUAAAUCCAUCCCUGAGCUGAAGACAUCACUUGGGAAAGGACGGGCCUUCAUCCGCUACUCCCUGGUUCACCAGCGUCUUGCAGACACCCUGCAGCAGUGCUUCAUUAACCAGAAAGCCACAAGUGAUUGGUAUUAUGCCCGGAGUCCCUUUCUCAAGUCUUACAUCACUGCUGAAAUAAUCAACGACCUUUAUGAGCUCAACCAGAUCCAGUUUGACGUGGCCCCCAGAGGUUAUGACCUCGAUGCAGAUUGGCCCUCAUUUGCAAGGAGAACCCUAGGGGCUACCUCACAAAGUCUUUUGUGGAAGCCUCCCAGUCGUUGUUCCAGCAUCAACAGCUUGGUCGGCAGCAAUUCCCACUCUCAGGUGCAUGAGUGCCUUCAGGUCCCCGAUUUGAGUCUACUUGGUGAACUCCGUGAUUUGGGAGAGCAUUCCUCUUCCAGCAUUGCAGAGAACCUGCGCAUUGAGCUAGAUCAGUCAGAGCUCAGGCAGCGGCGGCUUCUGGUACAUGUGCAAGAGUUGAGUGAAGAGGCUGCCGAGCUGAAAGGCGUCGUCAAAGACCUUGAAGGACAAUUAUCAACUAAGACAUCUGGUAUUAUAUCUGCCCAGUGUAACUCAGAAACUGGUAAUGAGGAAAAACUGAAUAUUUCCCAGAGUCAGAAGGACUUACAAGAAAGACUUAAAGCUGCUGAGAGCAAAAGUAUGGAGCUUCUGUCUAAAUUGCACGAGGCUCUUAGUGAAAAAGGGCAACAAACAGCCAGCUACCGUGACUCCGCCUGGAAAAUCCAUGAACUCUUAGAAAGACUUAAGACUGCAGAGGAGGAUAGGUCAGAAGCAGAAAGGGAGGCUGAGGAAAGAGCCAAACAGUGCCAACAUUUGUCCCAGAAUAUAAAACUCAGGGAAGAAGAAUUAAAGUGUUGUGAGGAGAAGCUUAAUGAAGUCAAAGCCAGAGCACAUGUUGAACGAGAAGAGGCUCUUGCACGGUUGGAGGAACUUCAGAGUGCAGUCGGUCGCAUUCAGGGAGCGCUCACCCUAAAAGAGAAGGAGACUGGAAACCUGAGGGCCCAGCUGCAGGAUGUACAGGCUUCUCUGGAUUGCAGGGAACGGCAGGCAGAGGAACUACGGAAAAGAUUACAGGAGGAAGUAGAGGAGAGAUGUGGUUUGAGCUAUGAAGAACUAGAAGACCAGAUGUUGGAAUUAAGAAAAACUCUUAAAAGUAAAGAGAAAGAUCUGACUGCUCGUUCAGAGAAGAUAAAGCAUCUGGAGGAACAGCUAGAGAAACUGAAUGCUGAGAGAGAGGCUUUAUGCUUCCACACUGAUAAUAGUAAUUCUGCCUGUUGCGAGACUGGAAAUCAUAUGGACUGCAAAAGCCAUUGCGAUCAUCUCAUGGAAAUAAAUAAAGAGCUUCUCCAAACAGUAACAAUGAAUAAGGCAAGUGUUACAGAGCUGACUGAAAGCAGGGCUGCUCUGCUGGACCAGCUGGCUGCUUUAAAAGCCUCUGAGAAGCAGUUAAAAAGCAGAGUAGAAGCUGCAAAGAUGAACGUGGCGGACAGGGAAAAGAAGCUUUUGGAUGAAAACCUGCAGCGAGAAGAGACACUCCAAAAGAUUGUACUCCAAAAUGAAGUAUUAGAAGCUCAAGUAAAAAGGUUACAGCAGGAAAAUGAGAAGCUUCUAGAUUCUCAUUCCUCUAUGAAGGAACGAUUAACUGCAAUGCAACAGGAGUUGGAUUUUCUGGAUACAAAGGCUAACGUGUUGACUAACAACCUCACAGGUUCCCAAAGGGGCCAAGCGGAGGUGCUUGAAAAGCUCAAUGAAGCCGAGGCAAACCUAAAAGCCCAGACUGUAAAGUGUGCCCUCCUCCAGGCUCGAGUAGAAGAGCUGGAGAGUGGGACCAUGCACCAUGAAAAAGGAGCAGCAGAAUCCAAUGAAAAAAUGCAAAAUCUUCAAACCGCCUCUUUGGACACUAAAGAAGCCCCAAUCAGGCUUGUUAUUGCUGAAGCCCAGUUGGAGCUCAACCAAAGGGAGGUGGCCAGGCUCAGAGAAGAGGUGGUGGAGCUCAGGGCUCAGCUGCUGGCAGGAAACGAGGAGAAGAUUAAGGUCCAGGCUCUGCAGGAGGUGACAGCAGCCUCUAGGGAAGACCUUCGCAUUUUAUCCGAUCAGCUGAAGGCUCAGGUGGAGGAACUGAACCGUCACCAUGUGGACGAGAUUCUGAGAUCUCGAGAGCGUGAGGAGGCUCUUAUCCGGGAGCGUGAUGGCGAGGCACAGGCUCGUGUUGGUCUGGCUGCAGAGGUGACGGCUUCCAGGGAGGAGGUGGAUAACCUGAAAUUGCGCUGUGAAGCCUUGCGUCUGGAAAACAGUGAGUCACAGGAGGCCCUUCACAGGGCUAACACAGAGACAGCAGAGCUUGGCGUGCAUGUCUGCAUGUUGACCGCUCAAAAUGAGGAAGCCCGGCUGCGCUGGGAAGGCCUGUCAUCAAGGCUGCAGGAGCUGGAGGAGUCGUCGGCUCAGGAAGCAGAAAGGCUCGGCACCCGCUUGGAGCAACUGCGUCAGGAGAACCAGGAGCUCCGCUCCCAACUCGACGAAAAGGAGGAUCUGUUGUUGAUUAGGCAAAAACUGCAAAGCGAGGCCCAGCAGAAGGCCGAGACUGGACAGAAGACAAACCAGGAAGAGAUUCAGGCUCUCCGGUUGCAGCUCAGCAGUCAAGCUACGGACCACGAAAACCAGCUCAAGAGCAUUAAUCAGGAGUUGGAGGAUGUAAAGUUACAGCUGGUAACCGAGCAGGAGAAAGCAGUCAGUCUGGAGCACAAAGUCAAGCAGCUGGAGGCAGAGAAUCAGAGAUAUUGCCAACAGAUUGGGGAGAAAAACAUCCAGAUGGCCGAGUCGAAAAAUCUCAUCCAGCGAGACGAAGCUGAGAUAAUCCAUCUGAAAGAAAAUUUAUCAAGGUCUGAGGAGGCCCUGGCUGCAGCUCAACGAGCCUGUCAGGAAAUGGCUGAAAACCUACGGCUGGUCAAACAGGACAAAAAGAGCUUUGAUCUAAAGACAGCCGCUGAGCUUGAUGAUCUUUAUCGUACCAAAAUCAAUUUAGAGGAAAGACUCGUGGAGCUCAUCAGAGAAAAAGAUGUCCUUUGGCAAAAGUCAGAUGCCCUGGAGUUUGAGCAGAAGCUCCGUGAUGAAGAAACGGAGAGGGACGUCAACUACUGCUUGGGGUGUAACACUCAGUUCAGCUGGUGGCUGCGAAAAUACAACUGCAGACUGUGUGGGCGUCCCUUCUGCUACUACUGCUGUAGCAACACGGUGAGCACCCAGCUGGGGGGCAACCGGGAGCGCUGCUGUACCGACUGUUACAACCAGCACAGUGCAGUGGUUGAGCGCCACCCGCAGGUGGAGCUCCCUCACAACACACCGGGGUCCCCAUUCAGCCGCCUGCUGCAGACUGGCAGAUCUUUGGCUGGUAUUGCAGGAGGGGAUGAAGGUGAAAAGCCAGAUGAUGGCGUUUUUGACAUUAUCACAGAGGAAGAAGUCAGCGGUGUUAAUAACAGUAACUCUUUUGCCACUGCCUGCGCUCCUGGAGAUGGCCAGCAGGGGCAAGCACAACUAAACAACAGUUCCAGUAUAGGAGACCUUACAUCAGAAGAUGCUGAGGACACCAGUGCUGCCGUACAGGAUGCAGAGAUCUGCCUGCUGAAGUCUGGGGAACUCACGCUCUCUGUCUGCUUGACGGUGGACGACAUCUCCGAAUUUGGGGAGAGCUCUCGAGAACUCUUCAUCAAGUCAAGCUGUUAUAGCAUCAUCCCUAUUACUAUGACUACUCCUGGAUCUACGGUGUCCUGGACCUUCACCUCCGAACCAAAGAGCAUCUCCUUCAGUGUGGUGUAUAGGGAGAGCGCAGAGACUCCGUUGGAGCAGGCAAAGGUUUUGAUUCCUCUGACUCGUUGCAAUUCCCACAAAGAGACGAUACAGGGGGAGCUAAAAGUUAGAAACCAAGGAGAAUACAUACUCAUCUUUGACAACUCUUUCUCCAGGUUCAUUUCAAAGAAAGUGCUAUAUCAUCUGAGUCUUGACAAGCCAGUGGUCUACGAUGGAUCUGGCCUUCUCUGAACAGGACAAAGGAGAACAGGGGGGAUUUGACUUUCUGUGUCAAGAUGUUUACGUUCAGGUGGAUUGUUUCGAGGUAAAUGGCCUGACACUUCUGCAGCAAAGCAGCCUUAGUGAAAGGUUGUGGCAUUAAAAAAGUGUCUUUCUCAGUUUUGCACAUUAGGCAUUAGAUGUCAGUUGAGGUCUUAUCAAAGAAUAGCAAAAGCUGAAAACAGCUGAUUAAAGCAGUGCUUUAUGCAGCAACUUUAACAUGCUGUGUUUGGUUGCUGCUGAUUCAAAUGAAGCAUUUAAGGUAUAUGUAGGAGGCUCUGCAGAAUAAAACUAGUUUUCACUACCUUUAGAAUAAGUUUGUUUUCUUAUUCAACUCACUUCAAAAAAGUGAUGUUGCAAUCUUCUGCAACAUUAUUUGUAGUAUUGUUUUGAUCUUUUGUUUUUCACGUUUUAAUGUAACUGACAAUAAGAAAACAAGCUCAAAAAAGAGCAGCAUCCAACUGUUACUAAUGAACUUUAGGGUUCCACAGUGUCUUAAAAUGUAUUAAAUGAACC